AGGUCCCCCCGUCUAUCUUGCUGUACAAUAGCAUAUCUUCACAAUAUAUUUGGAUGAUGAUCCCACCAAAGAUCCCCAGUUAGACCAGCCAGCUUCUUAGCCUCAUUUAAUCCCAAUUCUCAAGCGUCAAAAUCCAUCUUCCACGUGCGAAAAAGCUCUGCUUCUGAUGGCUUCAACAAGCUUCAACAAGAAACACCCAAUGUAUAAAGGAGUCCGAUGCCGGAGCAACAAAUGGGUAUCGGAGAUAAGGGAGCCUCGAAAGAGCACACGCAUAUGGCUUGGCACUUAUCCAACUCCUGAAAUGGCCGCCGCCGCUUAUGACGUGGCAGUCCUUGCCCUAAAAGGUGGUGAUGCUGCUCUAAACUUCCCUAACUUUGUUUCAACUUAUCCUGUGCCUGCUUCUUCCUCUUCUGCUGAUAUACGAAAUGCGGCUGCAGCGGCGGCGGCUUCCCUGAAAAAGGCUGAACAUGAAAGCAGUGAAAAUCCAAUAAAUAAUAAUCGCCAAUCAUCUGUCAAUAAUGAUUAUGUUGAGUUUAUUGACGAGGAAGCUCUUUUGAACAUGCCUAAUUUACUGGUGGACAUGGCAGAAGGAAUGAUGGUUUCGCCUCCCAGAAUGAACUCUCCACCGUCUGAUGACUCGCCCGCGAAUUCUGAUGGAGAAAGCCUAUGGAGCUAUUAAUGUUCUCAUGUCAUAGCUAGCUACCUCUUAACUAGUAUUUAGUGAUUCUGUCUCGUUGAUGAGUCAAAUCAAUAGAUAACACAGUUGGAAAAAUGAAAAUAUAGCCUAUAUAUUAAAUAAAAUUAAAAUAUAUAUAUAUACUGCACUGAAACAGUGGUUAUCGAAUUCUGUACGUGCUUUACAAUACAAUUUGUAUGAACAGCUCUACCAGAUGAGUUCAUCAUGGUAAGUUCCAUAAAUUUCUUGUUUCCUCUCUCUCAUUCUCUUUUAAUAAACCAAAAACAUAAUAUAUGAAGAAGAUUGAUGGGGAAGUUUCAAAAUC